CCAGCAGAAGUUAAAAGAAAAAUAGAAAAUAUCAUGUUUUCCCAGUAUUAUUGCUUUUACCAUCUUGUUCCAUAUUUCUUUCUCAAAGAGAAAAAAAAAAAAUCUUGGUACCCUAAAUUCGAAAAGCUAAAGACUCCACAAAUGAAAGAAGUAUCAAAUAUCUCCAAUUGUCCAUUCAAUUUAUCAUCCUUUUCUCAUUAUACCAGUAUCAGUAGCAGAGUCCUUAGAAUUUACUCUCCAUUACUCCCCCCCUCCAAGUUCAUCACCAAUCCAAAGAAUAAUAAUAUUUGUUCGUCUCUAAAAUCUCAAAAUAAAGAAACAGUAAUUAGCCUAUCAUCAAUUUUGAGAGUUAUUCCUGAUUGGGCAGAUGGUAUAAAAGAGGAGCGGAUGCAAAAGAAGAGAUCUCUAUACAACCAUGAGGAUUGGGUUCAUCACCGAAGUUCUCUCCGUCAUGUUCGCCAUUUCAUGUCCAGUCUAUCUUCCAGAGUAGUUCUCUCUUUAAUCCCACCAGUCGUUGCUUUCACAUCUGUUGCCGCAGUUGUAGCAACUUAUAAUUCUGCCGUGUCUACAUGGCACUUGUUGCCGGAUUUCUUCCCAAUUUUGAGAGCGUCACCAUUGCCCUAUCAGUUAACAGCACCAGCUCUUGCUCUUUUACUAGUAUUUCGUACCGAGGCAUCUUAUUCGAGGUUUGAAGAAGGGAGGAAGGCUUGGACUAAAGUCAUCGCUGGGACAAGUGAGUUUGCGCGACAAGUCAUUGCCAGUGUUGUUGAUAGGAGUGACGAUGAUACAAAUACAGCCAUAAAGAAUGCAUUGAUGCAGUACAUAAUGGCAUUUCCAGUUGCCCUCAAGUGUCAUGUAAUUUAUGGCUCAGAUUUUGUAAAAGACCUGCAACAUCUGCUUGACGAGGAUGAUCUGGCUGUCAUUCUUGGUGCACCACAUAGACCUCGUUGCAUCAUUGAGUUCAUCUCUCAAAGCCUUCAGUUGUUACACUUGGAGGAGUCAAAGCGCAGUGUCUUGGAGUCAAAAUUAUCUUGUUUACAUGAAGGCAUUGGUGUCUGUGAGCAGCUUAUGGGUAUUCCGAUCCCCCUAUCAUACACUCGCUUGACCUCAAGGUUUCUGGUGCUCUGGCAUCUUACUCUUCCCAUAAUACUUUGGGAUGAUUGUAACUGGAUCGUUGUUCCUGCUACUUUUAUCAGUGCUGCUUCCUUGUUCUGUAUUGAAGAGGUUGGUGUUCUCAUUGAGGAACCAUUUCCAAUGCUUGCUCUUGAUGAAGUAUGUGAUAUGCUUCACAAUAGCAUUCGAGAAUCCAUCACAAAUGAGAAACUGAUCAGGAAUCAGCUUCUUGCAAAGAAAAAGUGUAGUAGUAGUAGCAGUAAUACUGCUCGAGGCAGCAUGAAACAUUCUACGAUUGGUCGGCACAACUUUUGAGGAUAUAGAGAGGAUACAUGUGUGCAUAGAGUCGUUUUGUUAACUUGCAGUGUAUGAAAUACAUCAUAACCACCACCAAGGCUUGAAAAGAAUAUUAUCUUCUUCCACUAUUAAUACCACUCCCUAAAACCGUCGUGAGGCUUGAGCUCCAUAGGGUAAUGUAACUUCGAAAUAAUGUAGGUAUGGAGCCCAUUGUAUAUGUAAGUUUUCUCUUUGCCUUAUAAUGUCUUUUGUUCUGUAUUAUAAAGUAUACUAACUUUCCGUGGCUAUACAAAAUUCACAUAUGUAAACUCAUUCUCUCUUUAUAUCUUGUUUUGUUCAUUAUGUUAAUUAAAUCAGUGAAGUAUUAUGACCAGUUGUUGAGAAACAUGCCACUGAUGACCAAUUACAUGUUUUUCAAUCUUUGCUGUAAACAUUCUCUUUUGGGUCCCUUGCGUGUAAGUUCCUUUUGCCACUAUUCUACAUAAUCUUUGUAUUGCUUGUACAAAGAAAAGAAAAUAAAACUCAACCAAAAAUGAUAAAAAAAAUUUUUUUUACCAGACUUUAUUGUUCUUGUUUCAAUGAAAUGAGAAUUAUGAGUAUCACGUAAAGAUAAGCUGAGGAUUGACUGCAUGUGAGAUCAAGGAAUGAUGUUGUUGCAUGCGUUAAGUAAUUCAGCGGAACAUAGACUAGGAAGUAAGUUCUAAUCAUUUGGAAUCUGAAGUCGGCCAAUCUGACAGUGAAGCAAUUGAAGUCACUGCUUAAUGAUUCCUAUCGUAGAUGUAGGAAUUGCAUCUUGUCAAGUCCCAGUUAAGGUCAUAUUCAAGUAAAGUACUUACUUUAAUUGCCUCCUGCUGUAGAUGCUUGAUAUGCCUCUUGCUGAUGAUACUUGAUAAAUGCUCUUGCAAACUGUCACUUUUUGGCAAAUUGAACCAGUGACUUAUUUAUUUAUGUGGCAAAAGAAGAAAAAGAAUUUUGAAUUAGUCGAGUAUUGUUUUUGUUAGUUUCUUGCCAUCUUAAAUAACUACUGUACCCUAUAUCAGGGAGCUUCGACUAACUACAAAUAUUACUUUAAUACAUGGCAUCCG